AUGGAUCCACUUAUUUUAUGGUUAAAAAUUGAAUAUCUCACCAUCAAGGAUCCACUUAUUUUAUGGAAUAACUUGAAAGAAAAGUAUGAUCACCUGAAGAUGGUCAUCCUCCCAAAAGCACGGUAUAAUUGGAUUCAUCUAAGGUUACAAGACUUUAAGUCAAUUAUUGAGUACAAUUCUGCAAUGUUCAGAAUUACUUCUCAAUUGAAACUCUGUGGAGAAACAAUUAGUGAUUCUGAUAUGCUGGAAAAGACGUUCUCCACCUUUCAUGCCUCGAAUGUGCUCCUGCAGCAGCAAUAUCGAGAGAAAGGUUUCAAGAAGUAUUCUGAAUUGAUUUCUCAUCUUCUCGUGGCUGAACAAAAUAACGAUUUGUUAAUGAAGAUGAGAAUCGACCUACUGGCACUACCCCAUUCCCUGAAAUGA